AUGUCCACACGGAACAGCCAAUCCAUCCGGUCCAGCUGCGACCGGUGUCGCUCUCACAAGCUCAAAUGCACUGUUUCACCAGAGGACUCACGGUCGGGGCCCCAUAAAUGCACGAGAUGCAUCAGGGCACAAGUUACAUGUGUCUUUGGUCCGCGGAGCCAAUCAAAACGGACCCCCAAUGGUAAGAACAAACCGGAAAAGCCCAAGCCUGAACUCGAGCCUCCGCAGAAGACUUCACCGCCUGUCUGUUCAUCUUCGCUUGCUGGGAUGGACCUGGGUUCGCCUGGGGCUUGGACUCCGUGGAUCGACGACCUUGCGUCCCAGGAGACGGAGGAGCCACUGCCUAUUGAUGUCAACACAGCUGGUGAUGGCUCAGGUCCGAGCGAUGGGGAUUUCUGGGCGGAUUUGGGGAUGACUCAAGAGUUAAAUAUGUUGGAGCUUGCCCCGACAAACACCUAUCAGGCGCAGUACCUGGCUUCCUUUGAUUAUGUUGCACCACCUGUGGCCGAGGUUGGGCACUUGAUGGACAUAUCGGAGCCCUCGGAGCACACUCCGCCACAUGCCAUUGUGCAGCUGUCGACUCUUGUAACAAAGAUCCACGAGACCUCAAAGGCGCUCGAGGAGUCCCCGUGGUCUAAUGUUCCCGACGCAAAGCAGCUACAAAACUACCCAAUUGGCCGCGUAUUGAGCCUAUCUCAAGAUUUCUGUUCCAUCCUAGGCUGUAUCUGGGGCAAAGUCUCCAUUUCCUCGGACGGGCAGUCCUCAGGGAGCGGAAGCUCUCCAACCCCGUCGGCAGAUAUGCUUGAUUAUGCCGAGGUACUGUCAUCUAUCAAAAUUACCCAAGAUCCAACCGCAAGCUCCUCCAUGGCCGCUUCGGUCGACAUGCCGACGGCACUACUAGUUCUGAGCUGCUACACGUCCCUCAUCAAGCUGUACAGCCUUGUGUUUGCCCAUUUCGAGAACCACCUCUCUCAUCUCCCUGAAAUUCCGUCUCCGUACCCUUCCCAGGCGGCGCUGGCCUCUCAUAGGUGGGGCUUGCAGCUCGGAGAACUGCCCUCCGCGGACGAGACGUGCACCAAGAUUUGUACGGCCGUUCAGGUUCUUCUCGAUGCGUUCCAGUCCGUGGAAGAUGUAUUUGGCCUUCCACGGUCCUUUAGCGCUGUGAGGCAGAGGACAUGUGAUAUGGAGGGGAUGGACUUCAGCGCUGAGCUGGGGAGGACGUCGCUUUGGACUGAUUAUAUGGUGCAUUUUGUUGUCAGGUCAAACGCAAUCAGGGCUGAUACUGAGGAGUGUGAGGAAAUGAGGGAGUUGUCAACCAAGGUUAGGUCGCUCAAGGCGUUGAUCAGAGAAAAGAUGAAUCUUUGA